AUGGGUCUGCGUAUUACUACUUGGAAUGUGAACGGCAUCAGGUAUGUUGCGCCUGAGCUGGGCUGCAGGCCGCCUCCCAGCUCUCUGUCUUACACAUAUCGAGAGGGAUACGGACCCAAUGGCCAUGCCAUGUUUGACAUCCUGGAGGCGGACAUUGUCAUCAUGCAGGAAGCCAAGAUCCAGCGGAAAGAUCUGACGGAUGACAUGGUGCUGGUUUCCGGCUGGGACGUCUUCUUCAGCUUACCCAAAGACAAGAAAGGGUACUCGGGAGUUGCAGUAUACACGAGGAACUCAAAGUGUUGUCCCAUCCGAGCCGAGGAGGGCCUGACCGGAGUGCUCUGCGCCCCUAAGUCUACAACCAAGUUUCGAGACCUCCCCGCCGAUCAACAAAUUGGCGGAUAUCCCCGCGAGGAUCAAAUCAUUGGACCAGUAGACGAGGUGAUGCUCGAUUCCGAGGGACGUUGUGUUGUCCUCGAGUUCCUUGCCUUUGUCCUCAUCGGCGUCUACGUGCCUGCCACCCGAGACGACACCAGGACUGAUUUCCGCAUGGGCUUCAUGAGUGCUCUUGAUGCGAGGAUCCGGAAUCUUGCUGCCAUGGGCAAGCAAGUGGUUCUUGCGGGAGACCUUAACAUCAUACGUACAGAUAUCGACACCGCUGGUUGCGCGGAGCACCUCCGAAAGGAAGGCAUGACCUUGGAGGAUUUCCUCUCCUCCCCUUCAAGGCGCUUCUUCAACCAGCUCGUCUUCGAGGGUCAAGUUAUCGGAGAAAGGGAUGAGGGACGAGAGGAGCCUGUGAUGUGGGAUACCACCCGAUGUUUCCACCCCGACCGACAAGGCAUGUUCACCUGCUGGGAGACCAAGAAGAAUGCCCGGCCUGGCAACUUUGGCAGCCGAAUCGAUUACAUCCUAUGCACGGCCGGCUUGAAAGAGUGGUUUGAGGACGCCGAUAUUCAGGAGGGCUUGCUGGGAUCCGAUCACUGCCCUGUCUACGCGACCCUAGCGGACUGCGUCAGGAAGGGAGGCCAGGGUGUCCAUCUUUCAGACAUGAUGAACCCCGAAGGCAUGUACAAGGAGGGCAAGCGGCUCAGGGAUUGGGACACCAAAGAUCUGCUACCACAGUCAGCGAAGCUGCUGAAUGAGUUCCACCGUCGCCGCAGUAUCAAGGACAUGUUCACAAAGAAGCCCGCUCAACCGACCGUAAAGCGAACUCCGAACCUUCCCACCGGCACCGAGUCCGUCGGCGAAACUGAUGAGCUCCCCAGCACACAGACAUCCAACGUUCCACCAUCUCCGUCCCCUGCCGCCACCCCCAUUCGGCCCUCAGCUUCGUUGACGACGGACUUCAAGUCCCCAAGCAAGACCACAUCCCCAGCGGCUCUUCCCAAACGUAGCGCACCGAGCGUAUCAAGUCGGCCUCAGAAGAAAGCGAAGACGGGGACGGGAAAAGACACAGUCAAGUCUGGUCCGGCGCAGAGCAGCUUGAUGGGCUUCUUCAAGCCCAAGACAUCGGCGCCGAAGGCUAUCGCGGAGGAACAGGGAGAGCAGGAGAAUGGAAAGGCGGCUUCGACUACCAUAUCACAGUCGGACGGUACGAUUGACCAAGACGAGGAGGCAGACGAACCUGCAAAUGGUGGCGAGGGAGACCGCGGGAGGGUGUUUGACCCUGUAGAGUCUAAAGAGUCGUGGUCGAAGCUGCUGGGCAAGAAGAAGGUCGCACCGCUGUGCGAGCACGGCGAGCCCUGCAUCAGCUACGUCGUUAAGAAGGCCGGGAUCAACUGCGGCCGCACAUUCUACAUGUGCUCACGGCCGCUGGGGCCGUCCGGGCAGAAGGAGAAGAAUUCCCAGUGGCGCUGUGCCACCUUCAUUUGGGCGCGCAGCUCGGACUCGAAGGAGGGGGGCACACCGCAGCAGCAGCAGUAG